GAGCUGAUGCGGACGCGCCUGCACGCGCUCGAGGAGGAGCAGCGGCAGCAGUGGGCGCUGACGCAGCAGGCUCUGGAGGGGCAGCUGGCGGAGCUGCGGCGCGCGGCGGAGCUCGACGUGCGCCGCCGGCUCGACGCCGCGCUGGAGGCGUUCUCCGAGGACGGCCGCCGCGCGAGGGAGCACGCGCUGGGCGCCCUGCAGCGCGCGGCGGAGCAGCUGCGCGCGGAGCUGCGCGCGGAGUUGCAGGCGCAGGUGGCGGGGGGCGUGGAGCCACUGCGCGCCGAGCUGGCCGAGGCGUUGCAGCAGCUGCAGAACCAGCAGCGGGGCGAGCUGGCGGAGCUGCAG